GUCCCGGCCCCCGCGCAUGUGCGGCCCCUGCAGAGCAGCGCGCAGGCGCAGAGUGCCCCGCAUGCCGCGGCGGCUGGAGGUGCUGAGGUACCUGCCGUCCAGAAACAAGAGGACAACAGUCUUCCAAAUCCUGGAGCCUGUCAAACUGUGUUUAGCACCAGUCUAUGGUGAAAAGUAAAAAGAAUCACCCAUUUGCUGCCCUGAGGAUUAAUUGGCUCUACUUACAGCACCAUGGAUGAACUGCAGGAUGUUCAGUUGACAGAGAUCAAACCGCUCCUGAAUGAUAAGAAUGCAGCUCGCAACUUCCAAGACUUCGACUGUCAGGAACAUGACAUUGAGACAGCUUUCGGAGUGGUCCAUGUCACCAUGCGGGGCACACCCAAGGGGAACAGACCUGUCAUCCUCACAUACCAUGACAUUGGCCUCAACCACAAAUCCUGUUUUAAUGCAUUCUUUAACUUUGAAGACAUGCAAGAGAUCACUCAGCAUUUUGCUGUGUGCCAUGUGGAUGCACCAGGCCAGCAGGAAGGAGCCCCCCCAUUCCCAUCUGGGUACCAGUAUCCCAGUAUGGAUGAACUGGCUGAAAUGCUGCCUGCUGUUCUGACACACCUGAACCUGAAAAGCUUCAUUGGGAUUGGACUGGGAGCUGGAGCUUAUGUCCUCAGCAGGUGUGCACUCAGCCACCCUGACCUGGUGGAGGGACUCGUUCUUAUUAAUGUUGAUCCAUGUGCAAAGGGCUGGAUUGACUGGGCGGCAUCCAAGUUUUCAGGCUGGACAACUAACAUAGUGGAUAUUGUCUUGGCGCAUCAUUUUGGCCAUGAGGAACUGCAGGCAAAUCUAGAUUUGAUCCAAACAUAUAGGCUUCAUAUCGCACAGGACAUUAACCAAGAUAACCUUCAGCUGUUCCUCACCUCAUACAACAGUCGUAGAGACCUGGAAAUUGAGAGACCAGUUCUUGGCAUCAAUGAAAAUACUGCAAAAACACUCAAGUGCCCUGCCUUGCUAGUGGUUGGUGACAACUCACCUGCAGUGGAAGCAGUGGUUGAAUGCAAUUCACGUCUUGACCCAACCAAAACUACCCUUCUGAAGAUGGCUGACUGCGGGGGUCUGCCCCAGGUGGUUCAGCCUGGCAAGCUGACUGAAGCCUUCAAAUACUUUGUACAGGGAAUGGGCUACAUCCCUUAUGUGCAGCUCAGCCAUCUAAGCACUGAGUCAGUGCCAGCAGCUAGUAUGACCAGGCUGAUGCGCUCCCGUACUCACUCCUCCUCUAGCGUGGGCUCUGGCGAGAGCAUCCGCAGCCGGUCUCAUACUAGCAACCAUGGUGAAGGAAGUGCUGGAACCCCAGAAGGAAUUGACCUCCAGGAUGCACCUCAAACCAUGGAAGUAUCCUGUUAGGCAGGAGUCCCUCUUCUGGAUUCAGACAACUCCACUCGCCCCCACUGAACCCACUCAGAAUCUAGCAUUUCAUCCAACAUGGCAUUAACUGUUCUCUAACUUGUGCAUGCCCAUCUGAGCUGCCACCUCCUUGGUAGUCUGUACUUGGCCUUACUUUGGUCCUUUCUGUAUGCCCUUGGCAUCAGAACCUCUUUAAAACUCGUUAACAUUCCGCGGUCUUAGUAAGUCACGUUACUGUACAUGCUGAUACCAUCUCCUGUCUGUGCUGUGUAUCAAUCCAGAUGACAGCCAUUGUCUCCCCUGUUCAUUUAAAUAUAAUUUCCGUGGCUUUGUGAGGUUUAGAAUUGCUUUCUAGUUGUGCUUCUGCUAAAGGACCCUUGUGGUGCAGUUGGUAUAGCAUCUGUGGGAUGUGGGAAAGCAAGACCAUGAUGAUACGAAACUCCAGGCACUGGAGCAGGUGAUGCUCUUUGGCAGAGCUGUGCCUGGAGUGCAGAAUCCACCAGAAGGUCUUUGUGUUCCCAGGACUCUUGGCAUGCCAGGCAGCCAUGGGGAAAACAAAUGGUCAGAAAUACUGUCUUGGUCUCAUCUCUGUAUGUAUGUUUAGAAGGAGCAGAGUGAUUUCUUACCUGAGCCUCCUGAAAGGGAAAAGCAAUUAACAAGUCAACUUAGACUAACCAAGGUGCACUAUUAACCGAGUACAAGGGAUUAAACUACAGCAGCCCUGGCUUCCAGACCACCUCUGCUGACCCUCCCCCUCUCCUGCGGGAGGGCCAGAUGCAUUAACACAUAGUCACUAUUCUACCCUGGCACAGGUGAAUCUUUAACAUCAAGUAGGUUGUAAAGUGGGCAGCAGUGCCCCUUGCCAGGUGGAGAUCCAGAAAUCUCCUGCACUGCCAGCUCUGCUUCCCACUGCUGCCAGCCCCAGGCAGAGUGUCUGCACAGGGUAUAUUAUCUGAGGCUCAGGAAAUACCACUGAAUGUAAUGAUGGCCAGCAGACCCAUGUUUGUGUGAGUCAGGUCAGAAGUGUGAGCAGUGAAUGCCUCUGUGCAGGUACUAUUUACUGUCUUUGUGGAAUUCACAAUUCUGCUGCCUUUUUACACCUGGCCAGGUCACAGAGGGUGGGAGGCAAAUGCCUGCUGCAUGCCAGGGUCUAGCUGUUAAUGGGAGAAAAGGGAUGAGUGAUCAGGCUACUACAGGUCUCAGCAGAUGAGCAAAACAUCCGUUCUUAACUGUUGAGCAGUCCUGACUCACUGGGAGCCAGCUCCUCUGAGGGUCACGCUCACAUUCUGCUCCAUUUCAGGUAGGGAAUGGGACUGGGAGGCUCUGCCUGAGGGGGACUUUGUACCAGUUACUAAAUAAAGCUAUAACUGAGUUUCAUUGUUA